AUGAGCUUUUGCUUUAUUUGUUGUAUGCAAUAUUGCUUGGGCAGAGUCUUCAGCAAAGGAGUCUAUUCAUCCCUGAUAGUGAUCUCGUGACGUGGACGCAAUCAAUGAUUCCUUAUAGGGUUAUCUCAGCCAUGUUUAGGCAGCAGAAUGCUCCAUAAGGAAUUAUACACUUAUUUAUGGCAGGUAUUUCAUCCACAAAUCAAUGAAAAAAUCCUAUAA